AUUCCGCUCGGAUCUUUCUGGAUUGCGACAGCAAAAGAGACUUGCCCUCCGCAGUAUUCGCAAGACUUAAGUGAUUCGCUUUUCAUUUAAACCUUCAUGACAGGCUAGUUAUAUCUAACAACGCUAUGGCAGUAAUAACUAAACAAUGAAGGCUAUUUAAAAAGCAGGAAAAGGUCUAACCUACUGAUGCGUAAAGCUCAUACUCUGGAAAUUCCGACUUUUUUUUACAAGACGUGAAGAUAGCUCUGUUAUUUUUUUGCGUAUGAGGUUUUGUUGAGCAAACGAUGAAGAAAACAUGGCACUGUUAUGAGUUUGAAGACGAUGCCAACCCAUCUUAAGACAAUGCAACUGGACACACGACUUUAUCACAGUCACCCAUGGCCUCCGUCUGAUGUGUUGAAACGAUGAGAGAUGUGGUUUCUGGAUCCCUCUGGUACUUAAUGAUGAGAAAGGAGGUCUGGAGGAGCCGAGACAUCGAGAAUAACGGAACACCGAGAGACGCAUCGACCGCUGGAGGACCUGGUAAACACACAGUCCCGUCUGGUGUGUUUAGAGAAGAGUCUUGCGUGGUCAGAGAGCUGAUGUCAAAGCUGGGAUAAAGAGUUCAAGGCAGGUGGGCCAGAGAUGGGAAAUGACUCCACGGUGCACAGCAUUCAUCCGCUGGAGUGAAGGAGGAGGAUAGCCCUUCAUGCACAAUAUUGAGAACAUUGUAUCUUAACACGAUUUAUUACACUUGAAACGACCAUUGCACGGUAAAUACACGGGUUUUAUUGAAGCGUUUUUAUUAGUGUCCCAUCACUUUGCAGAAAUGUCCUUCACGAUGGAGGAUCAUUUGGAGUCGGGGUGGGUAGCUGUUCGCCCGAGUGCGUUUGAAGAGAAGGAAAAGCACAAAUUUGUUUUUAUCGUCGCCUGGAAUGAGGUGGAGGGUAAAUUCGCCAUUACCUGUCACAACAGGACGGUACAGAGGAGAAGCUUUGGCAGGGACCCUUUACUAGAGGCGACCAGCCAGGAUGGGGACAAAACAAAAUGGCCCGAAAGUCCUGUCAGGGAUAAAGUAUCAAGGAGCCCGAGCAAGGGAGCCAAGGAGGCUGUGGCGAAAGGCUACAGUCCUAAAAACAAGCCAAUGAUUGCAACAAAACCAAGUCCUGUCAAAAUUCCAACUGUGAUUAAAUCUGCGGCAUACCCUGUUAGUCCUGAUGCUGAAGUGGACCCUCUGUCCUCAUCACUGGACAGCUUGGACCUGGAGGAACUGGACAGUCUGAGCAGGGAGGACUGCAGCUGGGCCGGACUGUUCUCCUUUCAGGACCUCCGGGCCAUCCACCAGCAGCUAUGCUCGGUGAACUCGGACCUGGAGCCCUGCCUCCCGGUGUUUCCUGAGGAACCAGCCGGAAUGUGGACAGUGCUGUUCGGUCCAGCGGAAGUACCUGAGACAGAGAUGGACGAGCUCUGCCACAGUUUACAGGUGUACCUCGGUCACGCACUUGAUACGUGUGGAUGGAAGAUCUUGUCGCAGGUUCUGUUCACAGAAAACGACGACCCAGACGAGUACUAUGAGAGCCUGAGCGAGUUGAGGCAGUCCGGGCAUGAAGAGGCGCUUAGCCGUGCAACAAAACAUCUGCAAGAGCUUCUGGAGAAACACAAGACCAUGGAAAGUAUGGUGGACCUGUUGGAGCUUUAUGAGGAAGAAGAUCAUGCAUAUGGAGGUCUGCUGGAGGCCUCCACGCAGCUGUACCAGUACCUGCUGCAGCCCUUCAGAGACAUGAGGGAGCUGGCAAUGCUGCGCAGGCAGCAGAUCAAGAUUUCCAUGAAGAAUGACUACAUGGGCCCAAAGCGAAUCGAUGCUCUCAAAAAGGAGGACUUUGACUGGCAGAAGAAAGCUCAGGGGGCAGUUCUCAACAUCCAGGAGUUUACUGUGAAAUACUUUGAGAUCACCGCCAGAGCCCAGAAAGGAGUGUAUGAGCGCAUGAAAGUGGACCAACGUAAGUUUGGCAAGUCUUCAUGGACUGCAGCCGUGGAGCGCAUGGAAAGACUCCGUUACUCAGUCGCAAAGGAAACUCUGCAGCUCCAGAGAGCCAGGGAGAUCUGUCUGGAGCAGAGGAAACACACACUUCGAGAGGAGAUGCAGGAUUUGUGUAGCAGUGAGGAUGCCAUUGCCAUCUUGGACUACAUGGAGACACAGUACUAUGAACUCCAGCUCCAGCUGUACGACAUCCAGGCUGAGAUACUACAGUGUGAAGAGCUGCUCCUCACCGCCCAACUAGACAGUAUUCGCAGACAGAUGACAGAGCGUCAGGAUGAAGUGGUGUACUAUGACACCUUUGAGAGUGCAGACGAUAUAACAGCAGAUGACACUGCAGAGAGAGAAGAGCUGCGCAGACUUCAGGUCAGCGCUCGACAGCUGGAGGCAAGGAGGGGGCGUAUCACUGCUAAGCGCUCCUAUCUGAGGAACAAGAGGGAGAUCUGUGUAUCGAGUCACACUCAGAAACAGCAGACAGGUCAAACCAUACACAAGGACUCCCACCAGGUUUUAAAGCUGAAAAAUGAAGAAGAUGAGGAUGAGGAGAGGAAGAACAGCAGGGUUAGUCAAGAGAGACAGAAAACUCUGGACAGGCUACGCACUUUCAAGCAGAGAUACCCAGGUCAGGUGAUUCUUAAAUCCACUCGUCUACGCAUGUCUCACAACAGAAGAAGAGAGCGUGGAAGGAGCAUGGAAAUGGGUAGCUUGAGUGAGAGGGAUGAGCAUGUGGACCGUGUUGAGAUGCAGGGCCAGCCUCUGUGUCUCAGUACCAGUGUUCAGACUGACCCCAGCCCCAGCUCCACGCUCACCACUCAGCCCGUCACAGCUUUCACAGCAUCCCUCCCUCCGCUACCUGUGCCCAGUUCUGCAGACUCCUCCUGCUCUCCAUGCUCACUGUCCUCACUACUGGCAUCACCAAUAUCCCCUCCCCCUCCCCCUCCACCUCCCCCACCUUUGCCAGCAAGGGGGGAGUUAUCACCGUCUGAGUGUCCAGGUCGGCCCGGACAGAUGGUGGAAGGAAAGGGUGCAACCAAAGAGCUCUCUCUUUCCCCGCUCGGCCCGUUUAUCCCUCGCUUCUUUGACAGCAGUCAACUGGUCAGUGCCCGAAAAAAGCUGAGGAAGACUCCAGAAUUUGACUCUGACAACAGGAGAGUGAGCUCACCCAUGGAUGAAGUGCUGGCUUCCCUGAAGAGAGGCUGCUUCCACCUGAAGAAAGUCGACCAGCGGUCCCUGAUCCCUUCUCAGGGAGACGAUGAUCCCAACAGCAUCCUGGCUCAGAUCCGCAAGGGGGUCAAACUGAGACGCGUACCCAGAAAAGAGAGAAAGGAUCAAGGAGAGCUCCCAGCCUCCACUGACCCCCUCACCAGAAGCAUCCAUGAGGCACUGCGCCGAAUCAAAGAGGCCUCGCCAGACUCUGACUCAGACGAUGAAGGGAUGGCAGGACAUGACUGGGAAAGCUAGGGUUUAUGGCUAAGACACAAAAAUAACUGCACAGUUGCCUGCACUGUACACAGACAUGCAUAAUACACAUCAUUCACUCACAAGUACAAACAGCUCAGUCACAUAUGUACCGAGUGACUUGAACAGAGCCUGAACCAUACUGAAUAUCACUGAACUCACCAAAGGCUAUAAAGGUCUGACUUGUACACUACAUCACCAUCAUUAAGGACAUUUUGUCUUGUUACUGUGGUUUUAUUCAUGUAAUAAGAUUUUAAUAAUGCCAUGCUUGUUUGUUUUUAUUUUUUUUCACCUGUACUACGUGUUUGCGCUGGCCCUUUGUGGACUCGGUAACAGGAACGGCACGUAACACAUUUAAAACCAACACUCUGCACUGACUGUAGUGUUUGACACUGAAAAACUUUGUGAGGAAAGCCAGGUGUGUGAUCUUCAAAUCAAUGAAUUGGACAUGAGAAUCUGUACCUGUUACAACAAUAUGUAUUGUGUCAUACCCCAGAAGCCCUGUUGUCUAACCUGACACUGUUCGAAAUCUAUGAAUCCCUUGGUCCUUUCCCCUCCCCUACUUUUGUCCUCCUUUGGCCUUCACCAUCCCCAACUCUCACCCCCGUCUCUAGGUGAGAGAAUCUGUAUCCACCCAUCUGUUUAGCCGAGGCAUAUGGCCAGGCUGGUGGGAGACGUGAGGAGUCAUAAUAAUUUUUAUCAUUUGAUUCCACAGCUUCUCUGAAGAUGAGGUCGGUCUCCUGGAGUAGGAGAGGAGAAGAUGAAGGGUCGAUAGCUGAGUUUCUUUAGCGAGGUGGGGGUCAUGGUUGGUGUCAGGACUCUUUGUCGAGUGUGGGCUCACAUGGUGGGUGAUUACCAACACUCAUAUGUGGGAUAGUCACGGCAAUGUUAAACUGGUCACGCCUGUUUGAAUGAUGGAUGUUCAGUGGGAGGUUAGAUACUCGGCGCCGCAGGGAGUCACUGUGGGCUGCUGAGCAGGCGGUUGUGAUUGAUGCUGUUCCUCCAGAUAUCUUAUUCACUUUCUCUCCUCUCCUCUAGCCUAAUUUCUUUCUCUGCACUCAGUGGGCUGAGGCGCACAGUUGGAGGUCUGUUACUCAAUGCUGCAAGUGAAAACAUGCUUAAUGUGCACAUGAACUCAUGUCCGGAAUUCAGCCAACAGGAUGAAACAUUUUGGGUGUUGGUGGGUCCAGAACCUCGACUCCAGAGUACUUUUAAAAUAAGGGUUCAGCACUUUUAUGAUACAUUGUACAAAUUCUGAAAUGCUAUGUGUACAGAACCGUCUGGUUUGUUUUUCUGUCACUGACAAAAGAUUAUAUCAGCAGUAGAUGAGAAGGUUUGGAAGCACUUAGCAACAUGUGGUACUGGACCUACAAAGUUUUGAUGGCGGACCAGUGGGAUGUUGAACAGCACAUCAAUUUGCAAAAAGAUUCUGGAGAGUGUGGGACGGCCUUGGCAUGCAAUCUGAAACUUUGAAGCAAAGAUCUGUUUUUUCUCUUUUUCUUGUGUAAAGAGCAACUUGCAGAUUCAUCAUAAGCAGACAACAAAAAGAACAGAUAUUGAAUAUAUUUCUCUCUCUACAGCUUGAAAAAAAUCUCAGUGCGAAAGAAAGUUUAUUAUUUGUUUGUGAAGCAAACCUGAGGCACUUUCCCGUUUCCUGUCAGCACAAUGUUCUUCCAUGAUACCUUCAUCAUGUAGCAUAGACAGAGAUUUAACCUGGCCUGACUCGUAACCUCAAACCUGAUCCAGAUCUUACCUGACUCACUGUCAUUUAAACUAACAAGGCCAGAGUUUCCAAAAGAUCUCACAGCUUUAAGUUUAAGCUUUUCCACAAAACAUGGAUCAAGAAUUUGCUCAAGACUUUUGGUAAACUAGGUCAAGGAACUCACAUCAUUGCCACGAAUCAUAUAUACAUACACUGUUUUGUGUUUAACACUGUCCCUUAACCUUUAUUUAACCUUGAUACAGCUUCAAAGAUAGUUUUUACAUCGCUUUUGGUUGCCUUAUUUGAAUCUUGUUUCCUUUCUCCAAAGCAUUUUCUGCCAAAUAAUUGUAUGAUGUGUAAGCUGACUUUGUGACCUGCUUUCUGAAUAGGUCAGUCUGUCACCUGAAAAGUGCAAUAUCAAUAUAGAAAGAGCAAAGUAAAUACAAACAAAGCUAAUGGGUCAUACAUUGAAAUUAAUUGCCUAAAUAAAAGUACUUUAAGUAUGUCACUGUUGUUUAACACAGUAGUGUACAGACACACUGUUCCAAAAAUACCCUUUUGCCUUUAGUCCUUCCAUUGUCAUUUAUUCAGACCACUUUUUAUUUACAACCUUGCCCCUGCAUUUGAAUAAAAACCUGUGAAGCGAA